GGUGCCGCGCCUUCGCCCCGCGGGCGCUCCCACAGCGGAGCCGGAGGACGGCUCUGAGCGCGGGGCUCGGCGCGGCGGGCGGCCCCGCUCCCCGCUCCGCCAUGAGCUGCUCGGCGGACGCCGCGAAGGAGAAGCUGCUGUGGAACGUGAAGAAGGAGGUGAAGCAGAUCAUGGAAGAAGCAGUCACCAGGAAAUUCGUACAUGAAGACAGCAGUCAUAUAAUCGCCUUAUGUGGUGUUGUGGAAGCAUGUCUCCUGCACAUGCUAAAACGCAGGGCUGCUGGCUUCCUGCGAACUGACAAGGUAGCUGCACUGUUCACCAAAGUUGGCAAGACAUAUGGAGUUGCAGGAGACAUAUGCAAGAAAGUGCAGGAGCUGCAGCAGCAGGUGGAGAGCAGGAAAAAUCAGCCAAACAUGCAGGAACCCCUCAAGAGGCAGGGAUCAACCACAAACAAAACACCUGUACUGACUCCUCAGGCCAUCAGACAUAUAUGGGUUCGGACAGCACUGAUUGAGAAAGUGCUCGACAAGAUUGUGCAGUAUAUUGUUGAUAACUGCAGUAAAUAUUAUGAAAAAGAAGCUUUACUAGCAGAUCCUGUUUGUGGCCCAAUACUUGCCUCUCUUCUAGUUGGACCAUGUGCACUGGAGUACACCAAGCUAAAAACAGCUGAUCACUACUGGACAGACCCUUCAGCAGAUGAACUGGUUCAGCGACAUCGGAUUCAUGGAGUCCAUGGCCGCCAAGAUUCGCCUUCAAAGCGUCCAGCACUAGGAAUCCGGAAACGACAUUCAAGUGGCAGCACAUCAGAAGAUCGCUUUGCUGCUUCAGCAAGAGAGUAUGUGGAAUCUUUGCACCAGAAUUCCAGAACACAUCUCCUAUAUGGAAAAAACAAUGUCUUAGUCCAGCCCAAGGAUGAUUUGGAGGCGAUUCCUGGAUAUCUCUCACUUCACCAGUCAGCAGACAGUUUGACAUUAAAAUGGACUCCAAAUCAGCUAAUGAAUGGAACCCUUGGAGAUUCAGAGCUGGAGAAAAGCGUUUACUGGGACUACGCGUUAAUAGUGCCGCUCAGCCAGAUCGUCUGCAUCCACUGCCAUCAACAACCAGAAAGCAGAUGGACGUUAGUCUUGGUGAGUCAGGAUGGAACUCAGAGACCUCCGCUGCACUUCCCUCAGGGAGGUCACCUCCUUGCAUUUCUUUCCUGUCUGGAAAAUGGUCUUCUGCCUCAUGGUCAGCUGGAACCACCACUUUGGUCCCAACAGGGCAAGGGUAAGGUAUUUCCAAAGCUUCGAAAACGGAACAGCAACAAAUCAGUGGACUUGGAGGAAAUGCCAGCUGAAGACACUUCCACAGACUACGUGUUCAGAAUUAUCUACCCAGGACACAAGCAUGAUAACAUAACUAUUAACUACCACCACUUAGCUGCCAGCCGCUCUGCCUCUGUUGACGAUGAUGAGGAGGAGGAAGAUAAGCUGCACGCAAUGCUAUCAAUGAUCUGCUCUCGGAACCUCACAGCUCCUAAUAGGAUGAAAGACACCAGUGAAAUGAUAGAGAUGCAAGGUUUUGGGACAAACUUGCUUUCGUGGCAGCUGGAGCACUGCAGCCAAGGCUCCUCAUGCAUCUCCUGUUCAACAGGCAGCUCUCCCUACGAUAUACCCAGCUGUUGCAAUUGCAUCCACGACAGGACUCCAUUAAAGAUGCUGUGUGAAGGCAUGAAGAGGCAAAUAGUUUCCAGAGCCUUUUAUGGAUGGCUUGCCUACUGCCGUCAUUUGUCAACUGUGCGAACGCAUCUGUCUGCCCUUGUGAACCACACCAUUAUCCCACCUGACAAGCCAUCCAGCGCUGCAGGGGGCCUGACCAAAGAGGUCUGGAGCAAGUACCAGAAGGACAGAAAAAAUUACAAGGAGCUGGAACUGCUAAGAAAAGUUUAUUAUGGUGGAGUACAGCAUGAGAUUCGAAAGGAAGUAUGGCCAUUCUUGUUAGGUCACUAUAAAUUUGGCAUGGCCAAAAAAGAAAUGGACCAGUCUGUCUGUCCACAGGUGGAUGAAGAGAUUGCUCUCCGAUAUCAGAAGGUUAUGGCUGAGUGGAAGGCUUGUGAGGUCAUCGUAAAGCAGCGAGAGAAGGAAUCACAUUCUGCCACAUUGGCCAAGUUUUCUUCGGGCAGCAGCAUUGACAGCCAUGUCCAGCGGCUGAUUCACAGGGACUCCACCAUCAGCAAUGAUGUCUUUAUAUCUGUAGAUGAAACAGAUUCAGCAGAACGAGACUCAAAAUGUCAAGAUGACCCAAUUUUCACUGUGGUAUCUGCCGACACACCGGCAGCAGUAGCUGCUGUAGAGCAGCAGUCUGUAGAGUUCGACUCCCCUGACUCUGGGUUGCCAUCCUCACGGAACUACUCUGUGGCCUCAGGCAUCCUGUCCAGUAUUGAUGAUGGGCAGAGCGUCUCCUUUGAAGAUGGGGCUGAAGAAGAAACCAGUGCUGACAUGGAAAGGGCUGAUCCAGACACAGCACCUGUGCAGAAAGCCAAGUCAGCUGUGCUGCAGCCUCAGGCCUCAGUAGCAGAAGAGCAGGUGUGCUCCCAGGUGGACUAUUUAAUGGACGUUGCUUCUGUCUGUGCUGCAUCUUACACAAUAGAAUUACUGGACACUGUUGCCUUAAAUUUGCACAGAAUUGAUAAGGAUGUCCAGAGGUGUGACCGGAAUUACUGGUAUUUUACUGCUGAUAAUCUGGAAAAACUCCGCAAUGUUAUGUGCAGUUAUGUUUGGGAGCACCUAGAAGUUGGUUAUGUCCAAGGCAUGUGUGACCUCCUGGCUCCUUUGAUGGUUAUACUCGACAAUGACCAACUGGCUUACAGCUGCUUCAGCCACCUGAUGAAAAGGAUGAGCCAGAACUUCCCCAACGGAGGUGCUAUGGACACACACUUUGCCAACAUGCGGUCUCUAAUCCAGAUUCUAGACUCGGAGCUUUUUGAACUGAUGCAUCAGAAUGGGGAUUACACUCACUUUUACUUCUGCUAUCGCUGGUUCCUGCUGGACUUUAAAAGAGAAUUGUUGUACGAGGAUGUAUUUACAGUGUGGGAAGUAAUUUGGGCUGCAAAGCACAUCUCUUCAGAACAUUUUGUCCUUUUCAUUGCCUUAGCACUUGUGGAAGUUUACCGAGAGAUUAUCCGUGAUAACAACAUGGACUUCACCGAUAUCAUCAAGUUUUUUAAUGAAAUGGCAGAACAUCACAAUGCCCAGGAAAUACUGAGGAUAGCAAGAGACCUUGUCUACAAAGUGCAGACAUUGAUUGAAAAUAAGUGAUCAUUGUGGGCCUUGCUGUGAGCUACUGGAUGGAGCAUUUCUUGCACUGUAACUUCAAAAUGGUGUUUUAAUUGCAUCUUCCAUGUAAUGUAAUAAAUAACCAGAUUUGUAAUACUUUUAAAAAUGAACUUUUCCUUCACCAGAGGGAGUUUGUGUUUAAUAGUCCUUGUUACACUCAACUUUGUAUUUCAGAACAGAAUCUUUUUGCAUUCUCUUAUUUCUCUCUCUCUAGAAGACUGUCUCCUUACAUAACUGAGAUACUAAAAAGGGGGUAUUUGACAUAUUAGAACAUUUAUAUUUUGACUUACUGCACCUUUUGUGCUCUGCCAGAAUUUUUUGAAGAGGUAAGGCCUGAUCUGCUAGAAGUGGGGCAAGCACUGAUCUGGGUCCAUGGAAGAGCACAUUUGUGGGCUCAGUUCACAGACUCUCUCUUGAACAUGAAAGAGAAAUGCAUAUGUAGAUCCUGUUGCUAAAACAUUCAUACUUACAUUCAGAAUACUUAGCAAGUAAAAUAAGAUUAACAACUGGGAGAAUAGCCUUACAGUAAGUAACAGGGUUAAAGAUGAGCAGUGAAGACCUGGCAGUGCUGGCUAGAAACAUUGGUUAGCCUUUGCUGCCUCGCUCAUGCUGGUGAGUGUUCAUGGCCUACAUAUGCCACAAACUUGCCCUUAUUUUACUUUGCAAACUUACUUGGCAAGUACUCCCAGAUGACAAAUCUGCCUAAUAUAGCUCAGGUUAACACAGCUUAAGCACAUAGAAACAGUUUCCUUGCUCAUGUUAGCAAAUCCCACGCUCUUUGCGUCUGUGCAGAGUCCCAUAAAGUUCAGGUCCUACUUACAGAGCAGACACUGCACAGCCUCGCCUCCUCCUGUUCAUUUACUGCAGACUACUGACCUCCUCCUCCCCCCUGCUCUGGGAGGACUUCCCUUGGGAUCCUGCAAACACAAACCAGGCAUUUGUUAACUCAUGCAAGUCUUGGUACUUGCCAGAUUAAGCAGUAGAAAUUGUUGCACAGGAUCCAUUUUACUGUCAUGCUGUGCUGGUUUGUAGAGCUGCCCCUGCACACACUGUGGCAGUUCUGUGCCUCUUCUGUUUGUGCUUGGCUGCAUGCUUCCAGUAGCAGUGUGUAUUUUAACCCAUCUUCUAUAGAGAGCAAAAGUGACUUGGCUGGGGCUCAGCUGUGGAGCUGUCUGUUGCUGUCCUAGCACUUCAUCACACUAUAUAAAAUUUAUCACCUGUACUCUUACUGCUUUCCCAGCAUGUGUUGUAUUUAGGUGUAUCUCUGUGUCAGCCAGAGAGAGGAAGGGAGCAGCUUUUUACUAAUGGGAUUAGCUGUAGAUUUCAUGGAUUGGUGUGACCUGUGCUCCCAGAAAACUCAGUGUCUCCAUUUUAAGUAUUCCUGCCUUUGCUACUGAAUCUCAGUGAUAAAGUUUGAAUUUUUUCCCUUUUUAAAACAUCAUUCAGAGCAGGCUGGGUUACACAGCUUUGUUUCCAUUGAGCCUCCCAGGCUGUCAUCAAAAGCAGCUGUCAACUCAGAUGAGCUUCUAAAAUCAGAUUUUAGUAAAACAGGCGUAGGGAAUCAAAUUACUCUGUCCAAAGACUUCAGCCCUGUGACUCCCCUCCUAUUACCACACAAGUAGUGAGCAGUUCCUCCUGCUUUUGCAAUAGAUGUGUAAUGCCUUUAGGUCCUACUGAGCUGAACGUUGCUCGCACAAGCAAGAGGAAGAUUUGAUUCUACAAGUGUCAUCUGUGCUUAGUUCUCUUUUUAUGACUGAAGUAAAAUAAAAAUAACAAAUACUAUUCCAAAAGGAGGCAUUAAAAAAAACAGGCAGCAUGCUUUUUAACUAAUAAUCGAGCGCUUAAAGUGGUCUCUGAACAUUCGAUGGGAGGGUAAAGUAAAACACCAGUUUGUCUCUGCCCUCAUUUCCACACUGCCAGGUGUCACUCAGGUGCUGCCCCAAAGCCAGACUGUGACACCAGCAGUGCAGGCAGCACCGUGUGGGUCCCCCCUCACUGCAGCAGAACCAACCUGCAGCUCUGCACACUCAGUCACAGCACAGAAGUGAGAACAGAUGAGCCUACAGAACUCUGAAAAAAGGUGCAGAGGAGGAGAGUUAGAAGGAAACCCCCUCCCUGUGCAUAACGUGCUAAAGUAAUAACAGUGGGAAUGGGAGGAGGAGGAAAGCUGUGAUUGAUAAGCUGUACUCCUCACCCACCACACGUCCAGCAGUUAGAGUGCACUCAGGAUGAGAAGCCAAGAAGUUGUACUGCAGGCAUGCUCACAGUCUGACCUCACCAUUACAGCUGCACGUCACGCUUCUCACAGGGCAGAGCAUGGCUGCUGAAAGGUCUGAAAACGCUUCAGUUUGUGCCUGCCUGUUGUCUGAAGAGUGUCUGAAGUACUAAAAAAAAAUGAGCAAAAAAGCCCUCCAAUAUACAGAGCCUGAGGAAAUGAUGUAAGAAAUAAAACUGCACUAUUUUUCUUUGUUGGGAAUGUACUAUACAAAUCUAUUUAAAAAAUAUCUGCAAAAUUUGUUGUAUUUGUUACAAUGUUCUGUCUAGUUGUAUUUUAUGAAUAUUGUGUAUUAACUUAUUUUUGUCAAGAGCAGACUAUUCUCUUUAUUGCUCAAUUAUAUUUAAAUGUAACAUAUAAAUAAAUACUUACUGUCGAGGCA